CUCUACAUCUGCGCCGACGCGGGCUUCAAAGGCACCUGCGAGAACCUGCAUCUCGAUCCCGGAAAAUGCUAUAACGCGCCCAACCAGUGGAACAAGAAUAUUUCCUCGGCUGGCCCAGAUAACGGGACCUUCUGUGCUCUAUAUCCCGAGUACGAUUGCCAUGGAAAAGCGCUGCCAUUCACGUUUCCUGGAAUGAGAGCCUUGUCGCACUAUGGGUUCGAUGAUACAAGCAGUUCGUAUCGGUGUGAAUUCCUU